AUGUCGAUGACCGGUAUAUCUCUAUUAUCCAACGAUCAUCAUCAUAGUAAAAUAGAUGACGCAUUAUUGUCAUCAUCGAAUCAAUCAUCUUCAAAUAAUAUCGAUAGUGAUGAUUCAGAUAAAGAAUCUCGUCAGUUAGGACCAUCAGUUCUAACAGCAACAACAGCGACUAUUAGAGAAAAUAAACAGUUAAAUAAAAAAAAAGCAUUUUUUAACGAUGAUAACAAUAAUCACGAUUAUGAUGAUGAGAAAAUAUCAAAUGAAGAUUCUUCUCUAUUAAAUGAAUUUCAGAAAUCAAAUAAUAUUAAUAAUAGUGAACAUUAUCAAUCGUUUUUAACCAUACCAAAUCAAAAUAAUCAUUUACUUAAUGUUAGUUCGAGUAAUUCGAGUAUGGUAAUACUUCAACAAGAACAACAAUCAAUUAAUGAAGAAAAUCAAACAAGUAAACCGUUUAAAAGAAAAGUGGUAUCAUUUAGUUCAAUGCCAUUUGAGAAAAAAGUUGCCGAUGUUUGCGAUUGUUUGCGUUAUAUGCAAGCCGGUAGUGAUCUUCUCAAGGUUCGUUCAUAUGCAAGACAAUUUCGACGUUUUUAUAAAUUAAGCGAAAAUUUAACGACAAUUAGUUGGCAACCAACGGCCAAAAAACCAUCGAAAGCAAUAAUUAAUAUUGAUUCCAUAAAAGAAGUACGAUCUGGAAAAACGACUGAUCGUUUACGGGAAUGUGCAAAUCAAUUUCAAAGUGAAUGUUUGUUUUCAAUUAUUUAUACAAAUGGUAGUGAUGAGUGUGCCGAGCUCGAUUUAGUUGCUAGUAAUCCAGAUGAAGCAAAUAUUUGGACAACGGGUCUUUCUUGUCUUAUUCAACAAGGUCAUAACCAAUCGUCACCAACGGAUGUUCGAACAUUAGAAGACCGACAACAAAUGAGAGAUAGAUGGUUGAGAGAUGCAUUUCAAUUAGGUACACCUACUACAAUUGAGAACAGUUUAUUAGAUGAAGAUGAAUCAAUAAAAUUAUUAAUGGAUUAUGGAAUAGCGGAAGAUAAAGCAAAAGUUCGAUUACAAGAAAUUCAACAAUCUAAAACCGAUAAUAAUCGUCGUGGUUAUUUUUCAACCGAACAAUUAGUGCAGAUAUUUAAAGAACUAUCAACAAGACCAGAAAUUUAUCAUUUAUUAGUCAGAUAUUCUCGAAAUCAAGAUUUUUUAUCAUUACAAGAUUUAACCUUAUUUCUUGAAGCCGAACAAGGUAUGGCUAAAGUAACAAAAGAAAAAUGUUGGGAGAUCAUAAGUGAAUUUGAACCGUCCACAGAAGCGAAAAUAUUAGGACAUCUUGGUAUUGAUGGUUUUACGUCGUAUUUACUCUCAUCUGAGUGUGAUAUAUACGAUCCUAAUCAUCGUACGAUAUGUCAGGAUAUGGAUCAACCAUUAAAUCACUAUUUUGUUGCUUCAUCACAUAAUACAUUUUUAUUAGCUGAUCAAUUGAAAGGGCCAUCAAGCAUUGAUGGUUUUAUUCAUGCACUCAUGCGUGGUUGUCGAUGUUUAGAAAUUCAUUGUUAUGAUGGAUUAGAUAAUAAUGAACCGCUGAUACAUAAUGGUACAUUAACUUCUAAAAUACCAUUUGGGGAAACAAUUGAAAUGAUAAAUAACUGUGCAUUUGAAACUUCCAGUUAUCCAUUAAUAUUAUGUAUAGAGAAUAAUUGUAGUCUUCCACAACAAAAUCGUUUAGCUGAAUUAUUAGUAAAUGUAUUUGGUGAUAAAUUAUAUGUACAAAAUGUAAAUGAACGGUUACCAUCGCCAAAUCAAUUAAAAGGAAAAGUGUUAAUCAAAAGUAAAAAAUUGCCAUUAGAUUCAAAUGUCACUGAUUAUGGAGAAAUUACUGAUGAAGAUGAUUGCUACGAAGAUCAUAAACGGCGGACAAAAAAGGAUAAUGCAGUAACACAAAAACGUCGAAAACUAUCAAAAGCAUUUUCGGAUUUAGUAACAUUGUUACAAUCAGUACCGUUUGAAGAUUUCAAUUCAUCAUUUGCUAAACAACGUUGUGAUCAGCUAUGUACAUUUAGUGAAAAUGCAGCAUUGCGUUUAGCUACAAGUAAUGCUGAAGAUUUUGUUAGUUAUAAUAAGCGCUUUUUAUCACGAAUACAGCCGGGCACAUGGCGAGUAGAUUCAUCAAAUUUAAAUCCACAAGAUUUCUUUAAUGUAGGAUGUCAAUUCGUUGCCAUGAACUAUCAGACAGCUGGUAAAUUUAUGGAUGUUUAUUUUGGUCGAUUUUUGUCAAACGGAAGCUGUGGUUAUGUUUUGAAGCCACCUUAUUUGAGAUAUGAUAAUAAUAACUGUAACAAUGGGGCUGAAAAUAUUACACGUUCGUCAAGUUUAUAUUCAUCAAAUAUACCACGUAUUUUGCAUAUCAAAAUAAUAAGUGCUCUUCAUUUGCCACGUCCCGAACAAGCUGAAAUGAAAGUGAACAGUGUUGAUCCAUAUGUUGUUGUACAAAUAUUCGGUGCGCCUCGAGAUUGUGAUGAAAUAAGAACUAAAACUGUCUAUCAUAAUUGGGAUAAUCCACGUUUUGAUGAAAGUUUUGAAUUUGAAAUUGCCUUUCCAGAAUUAACACUUGUCCGUUUUGUGGUAUUAGAUGAUGAAUCGUUGGAUUAUGAUUUUAUUGGACAAUAUACGUUACCAUUUGAAUGUAUUCAACCAGGUUAUCGUCACGUUCAUUUAUAUACAAUUGGUGGCGAAUUAAUCUCAAAUGCAUAUUUAUUUAUUCAUAUAGUUAUAAGUAGUAAAACAUUAGCUGUGAAACCUCGUCGUACCGUAUCACGAUAUCGUCGUUCGUUAUCAAGACGUAAAACGCGUGUUGCCGCAUUUCGACCAGUAAAUUAUAAACAAAUCGAUGAAUUAUUUAAAUCUAUUGUUCAACCAUUAGAAGUAGCAUUUGAAUUACGACAUAAUGUUGAACAAAGUCUUAUUGAACUAAAUGUUAGUUGUGGUCUACCAGAAAUAUCAAAUGUCAAACAAUGUAUUAGAAAAAUAGCUAGUCGAUUACAAAAAGCAAAUUUAAUGGAAAAUGUCAAAAUUUUAAAUAAAACUGAUAUACCCAUCUUGGAAUAUUCUGGUAUAUUACCCGAACUAUCUCGUCAAUCUGUUGCUGCAUUGGAAGAAGUAAUAGCACGUUGUCGAACAUUACUUGAGAAUGGCACCGUAAUAUAUAAAAAGUUAACAACCGUUCAAACGGAUUUAUGUGAAUUUAACAAAGAUUUACCCAAAUUAUUAGAUCCAAAUAAUUUGAAAACAAAAAAGAUUACUAAAAACAUUGAUAAUUUUUCUUAUGAUAUGGCUUUAUUACAAGGACAAGCAGAUCUACUGAGUAAAGCGAAAGAAGAUGCAAAUGUAACAAUGCGUCAGAUACUGGAUGCAGCUGAAGCCACACAUUUACUUCAGUAUUAA